AGACUCUCUAGGGCUGGCGUAGUAACCGUUGCGUAUAAAACCCUAGAACCCCCCCAACUUCCUCUCUUCCGCUCCAACUCUCUUACUCUUAAUUUCCAGAAUUUCAAAGAGAAGAAGAAGAAGCGCGGGAGAAACACGAGAUGCCUCCCAAAGCAGCGAAAUCAAAGGAAGCCCCAGCCGAGAGGCCUAUUCUUGGACGCUUUUCUUCCCACCUCAAAGUUGGAAUUGUCGGGUUGCCAAAUGUGGGGAAAUCUACCCUUUUCAACACGCUCACCAAGUUAUCUAUACCGGCUGAAAACUUUCCCUUCUGUACCAUUGAGCCCAAUGAGGCUCGAGUUAAUGUUCCCGAUGAGCGAUUUGAAUGGCUUUGUCAACUGUACAAGCCAAAGAGCGAGAUAUCAGCUUUUCUAGAAAUUCAUGAUAUUGCUGGACUUGUUCGUGGUGCUCAUGAAGGACAAGGAUUGGGGAAUAGUUUCUUGUCUCAUAUCCGGGCAGUAGAUGGGAUUUUUCACGUUCUACGUGCGUUUGAAGAUCCUGAUAUCAUCCAUGUUGAUGACUCCAUCGAUCCUGUUAGGGAUCUAGAAGUUAUAUCUGCAGAAUUGCGGCUAAAGGAUAUUGAGUUCAUGGAGAGGAGAAUUGAUGAUCUUGAAAAGAGCAUGAAGAGGAGCAAUGAUAAGCAACUGAAACUCGAGCAUGAGUUAUGCAUACGGGUCAAAGCGUCUCUUGAGGAGGGAAAAGACGCACGCCUGGUCGAGUGGAAAGCUGCUGAUAUUGAGAUAUUGAAUACUUUCCAAUUGCUUACUGCAAAGCCUGUUGUUUACUUGGUUAACAUGAAUGAAAAAGAUUAUCAAAGAAAAAAGAACAAGUUUCUACCGAAGAUCCAUGCUUGGGUGCAGGAGCAUGGCGGUGAAACUAUAAUCCCUUUCAGCUGUGUUUUAGAGAGGAAUCUUGCUGAUAUUUCCCCAGAUGAAGCUGCUAAGUAUUGUGAGGAGAACAAGGUUCAAAGUGCCCUUCCUAAGAUCAUCAAGACGGGAUUCGCAGCCAUUAAUCUCAUAUACUUUUUCACUGCAGGGCCAGAUGAGGUAAAGUGCUGGCAAAUUCGUCGACAGACUAAAGCUCCUCAAGCUGCAGGAACAAUUCAUACUGAUUUUGAAAAAGGUUUCAUAUGUGCUGAGGUUAUGAAAUUUGAAGAUCUAAAGGAGCUCGGAAGUGAGUCAGCCGUAAAGGCUGCUGGGAAGUAUCGGCAGGAGGGGAAGACUUACGUUGUCCAGGAUGGGGACAUUAUUUUCUUCAAAUUUAAUGUUUCUAGUGGAGGGAAGAAGUAGAUUUCCAUCCUCUUCCUAUAACCAAAAAAUUGGAAUAAUUGUAAUUUGUAAUUGCUUGAAAUUUAUUUAUAUAUUUGACGAGGGAUGUAAAAUUUUGGGAUCUUGAUUAGAAGUAUAAAAAUAUUCUUGUAUUGUGUACC